AUGCGCUUUCCAUCGUUUCCCAACAUCGUGCGCACGCUCUACACGCUCAGCAACGCAACAGCCCAUCGACUCCUCCAACAACCUCUGCGGGGUACCACCACCAGCACCAGCUCGCAGGUCCACCGCGGCGUCGGCGCCACUGUCCUGCGAUCUAUGCCAUCGAUCCCAUUCUUGGGAGCUUUAUUCGGAACGAGUGCCUCGACCCCCGCGGCCGCCAAAAUGACCUACCCGGACACCCGAUCCGACGACGAGUGGAGGGCGGUGCUGAAUAAAGAACAAUUCCGCAUCCUCCGCGAAAAGGGCACCGAAGCCCCCUUCACGGGCGAGUAUGACAAGCACAUGCCCUCGCAGGGCGUGUACACGUGCGCGGCGUGCAGUGCGCCGCUCUACAAGGCCGACCACAAGUUCAAGUCCGGGUGCGGGUGGCCCGCUUACUUCGACUCCAUCCCGGGCGCGGUGACGCGGCAUACGGAUCGCAGUUUCGGCAUGGAGAGGACCGAGAUUGUGUGCUCGAAUUGUGGGGGGCAUCUGGGCCAUGUGUUCAAGGGGGAGGGGUAUCCGACGCCGACGGACGAGAGGCAUUGCGUCAAUAGUGUCAGUUUGAAGUUCCAUGAGAAGGAGAGCGAGGCGAACGGGAAUGGCGAGGCGAAAUAA